GUUGAUAGUGUUAACCUGGGAAAAAAUGUUUAUCUGCAUCGUUAUUUGUUGGCUGACACAGGGGUUGAUGGAGAACCAUAAAGAAAUUGUAGAAUACUUCAACAGUAGAGGCGUUUCUGUCAUAUUUCUCUUCAGAAGAAAUCUGUUACGCCGCAUGGUUUCAGUACUUGCAAAUUCCUUUGAUCAAUAUGCAAAACUUCUGAAUGGAACUCACAAGUCUCAUGUGCACUCGCUUGAAGAGGCCGAUACCCUUUCCAGAUAUAAGCCAGUCAUCAAUUUAUCGUCUCUGGUGACGGAGUUAAAGCAAAUGGAAAAGACAGUAUUGGAGGCCUUGGAGUAUUUUAGCAGCACUCGGCACAUCAUUCUGUACUAUGAAGAUCUUGUAAAAAAUCGAACUAAAUUGGUUGAUGUUCAAGACUUCUUAAGGCUGCCACAAAUUGAGUUAACAAGUCGCCAAGUUAAAAUACACAAAGGACCAUUGUCAGAGCACAUCAAGAACUGGGACGACAUCAACAAGGCACUCAGAGGAACAAUGCAGUGCCAGCGGAAUAUGAUAUGUGAGAGCAAAUUUUUUGGGGCCAUGUUGCGUCUCUCUCUAAUUUCAGGUCCUCAGAGGCUUACACUCAAUGAUAAACUAGUAUGUUUCCGAUAAAUUUGUGGUGACUCCACAGUCGCACACAGGUUUUCCAUUUUGAAAGUGCUCUGGUUGGAUCCAUGUUGGAGAAAAGGAACAAAAAAGAUGAAUAUAGGGCAUGUUUUGUUUGUUGAGUCGAGCACGAUAGACUUUGACUGUAUUAUGGAAGAAAAUUUUUUGUAGUCAUUUUAACUUUGUACAUUUUAACGUUCUAGAUAAAGAUAUUGAGACCUAAAUCCUCCAUGCAUGAGCGAGGACCUUCCUCCUAUAUACGAACCUAGAUGAUUCACGUGUAUUUCAUAGUCAAUUGUAUUCCGGUCUCUCUAGUUUUUCUGAAAUUUCAAAGCUCAAACGCUGAGAUAUAAUUUAUUGAAUUCUUUUAUAAAUAACAAUGUUCAUUUAUAGUUUA